UUUUAAUAAAGACCUAUAUGUAUUUUCGGAGAGGAGUAAUUUUAAAAUGUUAACAUUUGCUAUCCCUAACAAACUUCCAGUAAAUUAGAAUUAAAUCCGAACUAAUUUUAUUUUCAGGUCCGCUAUCAAACUCACCUGUAAAUUGCAACUUCAUCCGAAAAAGACGAACGCAAAAGGGCUGGUGAAAUAGUAAGUGGAUAUAGUGACCUUGACCUAUCUUUGUUAUUCUAGUGGUGGAUGGGUCAGUCAGCUUCCACCGUCGCCGGAGCUCAAAACCGUAUAAAGUCUAGAUCUUCGCCGGUGAUUUCUUCUAUGAAGGAAAUUGAUGAUUCCGACGAUGUUAUCGAUGUAUUCGAUGUAGGAGAGUUUGAUUAUUCUUCUAAUAUUCCUGAUGAGUGUUUAGCUUGCAUUUUCCAUUUCCUUAGCUCAGGUGACCGGAAAAGUUCUUCUCUCGUCUGCCGCCGUUGGCUCCGUGUGGAAGGCCAGAGCCGUCACCGUCUCUCGCUUAAUGCACAAUCGGAACUUGUGGCUGUUGUUCCUGUGAUUUUCUCUAGGUUUGAUUCGGUAACGAAACUCGCUUUGAAAUGUGACCGUAGAUCUGCGAGUAUUGGGGAUGAGGCGUUGGUGCUUAUCUCUUUAAGGUGCCGGAACCUAACUCGUUUGAAGCUUCGGUCGUGCCGGGAGCUUACUGAUGCUGGAAUGGAAUCUUUUGCGAAGAACUGUAAGGGUUUGAAGAAACUAUCUUGUGGAUCUUGUGCUUUUGGAGCUAAAGGGAUGAACGCCGUGUUGAAUAACUGCUCGGCUCUGGAAGAGUUGUCCGUGAAGCGGCUGCGUGGUAUCACAGAUGGGGCUGCAGCUGAGCCAAUUGGUCCUGGUGUUGCAGGGGGUUCUCUGAGAGUUAUUUGCCUUAAGGAACUCUACAAUGGACAGUGUUUUGGACCGUUGAUUAUUGGAUCGAAGAGUUUGCGGACGCUGAAGCUGUUCCGUUGUUCUGGAGAUUGGGAUAAGAUUCUGGAAGUGAUUGCUGAACAAGUCAGUGAACUUGUUGAAAUUCAUCUUGAGAGGCUUCAGGUCAGUGAUACCGGUCUUGCUGCUAUAUCUAAAUGUUCCAUUCUUGAAAUUCUGCACCUUGUGAAAACGCCUGAAUGCACUAAUAAUGGUCUAAAGGCUGUUGCUGAAAACUGUAAGCUUCUAAGAAAGCUUCACAUUGAUGGGUGGAAGACUAACAGGAUAAGUGAUGAUGGGUUAAUUGCUGUGGCAAAACAUUGCCCCAAUUUACAAGAAUUGGUUUUAAUAGGUGUGAAUCCAACAUGUGCUAGUUUGGAGAAGUUGGCUACAAAUUGCUUGAAUUUAGAGAGAUUAGCUCUGUGUGGAAGUGAAACUGUUGGGGAUCCAGAACUGUCGUGCAUAGCUGCGAAAUGUAUUGCAUUAAGAAAACUUUGUAUAAAGAGUUGCCCAGUAUCCGAUCAGGGUAUGGAAGCGCUUGCUAGUGGAUGCCCAAAUUUGGUAAAAGUAAAGGUUAAGAAAUGUAGAUUGGUGACUUCUGGAAGUGCAGAUUGGUUGCGGACAACUAGGGGCUCCGUUGCUGUGAACUUGGAUACACCUGAACCUGAAAAUCCUGAUGCAAGUGCCAGUGAUGGUGGUUUGCCUGAAGUUGGCAAUGAAAUUAGGCAGGUGGCUGGCCAAGUAAGAGGUGUAAGUAUUGCAUCAAGCAGUACUGGGAGGUCAAAUUCCUUUAAGGCCAGGCUAGGACUUGCAACAGGAAGGAAUCUGGUGGCUUGCACAUUCAGAAGGUGGUCGAGCUUUGGUGGGAGUUCGAGUUCCAGUUCCAGAAAUAAUUAGAAAAAAGGAGUUGACUGAGAUCAAUCUUAUGCUCAAAUAUUCUGCUAUUGAAGUUAUUUGACUUUUAUUACAUUUAUAUAUUCUUGAAUUUGCAUGCUAGUUAAUGCAACAACAGAUUCAGCCUUCAUGGUUGGACCUUGUUCGUGAGUUUUCCUUCUUUUUGUUUUUGCUUAUGUUGAUGCUAUUUUUGGGCUUGGUAUGCUCCUUCAACGUGGAGUUCUUCAUUUCUCCUGGGAGAGGACUCAACAUUCUAUCUUCUGAAAAAGAAAGGAAGGAAAAGGUUAUAAUCCAAGAAGUUGGUGAUUUUGGA